CUUCAUCCAGGAACCCUGGAUACUACGCGGUGAGGUCAAAGGUCUGAACGUCAAUGAUGUUAAUGACGGCGGAUCUGGUUGCGGUUUGGGCCGAAAUUCCCACUCCAAGGGGUGUACAAGAGGCAGUACUUGCCUCAGCGUACUUUCCGGUUGAGGAGGAGAUGGCCCCAACAGCAGAAGUAAAGGCUUUCGUGGAGCACUGCCAGCAGAGUGGUAAACCCUGGAUCCUCUGCUGUGACGCCAAUUCACAUAACACUGUUUGGGGCAGCACCGAUACCAACAAAAGGGGUGAGUACCUCCUCGAGUUUAUUAGUAGUCAUAAUAUAAAUAUUAUAAAUCGUGGCAAUGAACGGACUUUUAGAAAUGCUUUAAGGGGGGAGGUCUUGGAUCUAACUCUAAGCAGUCAAAACAUGUCAUCAUCUGUCACAAACUGGCGUGUCUCCGGGGAGGUAUCAAUGUCGGACCACAUGCAUAUAGAAUUCGACAUGGGUCUCUUUCCUGAACACGAACUAGUUUUCAGAAAUCCCAGGAAAACGAACUGGGAACUCUUCCGCUUUACUAUAGAAGAGGGCGGAAACAGCCCCAAACACCCCAUUACAACCAAACAGGAGCUUGAGAAUGAAGCUGAACAUGCUGAGCUUCCUUAG